ACGACGCAAAGUUUGUAAAUAACAGUGUGUAAACGUCAAAUAAAUUUGUUUAUUUCAUUUUUUCAUAAAAAACGAAUAUUAAAUUAUAUAAAAAAUAAUUUUCUGUUGUAUUUUCAAUAUAGAUAACUAAUAUUAAAAAAAAAAUUCUAAAUUUUAUCAUUAUAGAAAUGUCUGAUAAAGAGGAAUCUGUACCCAAAAUAGAAUUUAAGAAAAAAUCACGUAAACCUCUCAGAAAAAGAGAACAAUUAAACGAAGAAGAAAUUGACGACGAUGACGAUAAUACUUUAAGAGAGAAAUUGGAGGAAUUGAAAACAAUUCAAAAACUUCGACAAAGAACUAAUGGUGUGAAAAUUGAUCCAGAUUUUACGGGAGAAAAAAUAACUACUGAAGCACCAGGGUCAGAUCCAUUUAAUGUUAAAGCAGGAGGAAUGGUAAAUAUGGCAGCUUUGAAAAAUGCUAAAAUAAAACAAAACGAUGCUUAUGAAACAGGAAUAGGAACACAAUUUAAUGCAGAGACUAAUAAACGCGAUGAAGAUGAAGAAAUGGUUAAAUAUAUAGAAGAGCAUCUAUCUAAAAGAAAACGCAUCAAUAAAGAAGAAUCAGAAGCUAAUAUAACAAAUGAAGGUGUCUAUUGUUCACCAGAAGAUGCAGCUCUUCAAGCAGUUCCUGAUCAUUUAAGACAAAGUUCUACAUACAGAAGCGAAGAGAUGCUUUCAAAUCAAAUGCUUUCUGGAAUUCCAGAAGUUGAUCUCGGCAUUGAGGCAAAAAUAAAAAAUAUUGAAGCAACAGAAGAGGCGAAAUUAAAACUCCUUUGGGAUCGUCAUAGAAAAAAAGAUGGACCCUCACAAUUUGUCCCUACAAACAUGGCAGUUAAUUUUGUUCAGCAUAAUAGAUUUAAUAUCGAAGUUUCUGAUGUUCAAAAAAAUAAAAAUAAUUCACGAGAACAUAGACAACCUAAUUCAUCAUCGGCAAUGACUUCAAAAGAAAAGAGAAAAGAAGCAGAAGAUAAAGCAACGGAUGAUUAUCAUUAUGAAAGAUUUAAGAAACAAUUCAGAAGAUUUUAAUUAUAGACGCGCUUUUACAAAAAUAAUUGUCUUCAUUUUUGUAAAUAUGAAAAAUAGAAAUGACAUUUUAUUUAAUUUUUUUCUAUGUGUACGAUUUUGUUUUAAAAAAAAGUUAAUUUAAUAAUAAAGUUUUUUUAAAUUUCUAAAUGCAUUUAUAUGAUUGUAUAGGGGUGAAAAGGUUAAUUUAAUUUUACAAUGCGCUAUUGAUGCGAAUUUUUUCAAAUACACAGAAGCCCCAAAAGAACAGAUAGUUAAAUCCGCCAAGCAGAAAUAUAUAUAUACAUACAUAAA